AUUACCGGGGAAGCGUCGAGUUGUGACUUGAAGGAGUUGGUACAGAGAUUUGUGCCAGAGGCUAUUGGACGAAAGAUAGAGAAGCACAACCGCAACAUUUACCCUCUACAAAAUGUCUACGUUCGCCAGGCAAAAAUUCUCAAGGCACCGAAGUUUGAUGUCUCGAAACUGCUUGAACUGAGUCACGCCGAGUCAAUAGACGUAAGUAAGAUUGAAAUUGACUCUGAUUAG